AUGAUUUUCCCUCGUACUAAGCCCUAUAGUGCUAAUAAAUUCCAGCCUCCGUUAUGGUCGGUGAUCGGCAAGACAGCCUCCGCCGUGAUCACCGACUUCACCCCGACACAACUCGCCACCUCCAGCUCGCCUCGUGUCUGGCCUGCCACACCAAUCAAAAGGACACAGCUCGUCAUGCGAUGGCCGCCAUGGAGCUCUCCGUCAACCGAUGACGAUCGCGACCCGAAGUCCUCCACCGUGUCGAGCUCAUCCGCGUCCAUCCCCGCAACAACGAACACACAGCUCGACUGGGCCGCCUUCACCGAACCCCGGACUCUCCUCCCAACCCUCAUUCUCACGAGCGGAAUCUUACUGGCUGUCCGUUUCCAUCGCCGCUAUCUGCGUCGCUUCCCCGAUGCGUCCAGCAUCUCACCGUCCUUCCUGCGUCGCCGCUCGGUCUUUGGGCCGGUGACCAGCGUCGGUGAUGGCGAUAACUUCCGGAUAUUCCAUACACCCGGUGGUCGGCUCGCUGGAUGGGGCUGGUUGCCGUGGAAGAAAGUGCCUGGUACGAAGAAAGAAUUGAAGGAUAAUACUAUUCACAUCCGUCUAGCAGGUGUCGACGCCCCCGAGCUCGCUCAUUUUGGCCGCCCCGAACAACCCUUCGCGCGUGAUGCCCACGUAUGGCUCACCAAAUACCUCUCCAACCGGCGCGUGCGCGCCCUCGUCCACCGGCAAGAUCAAUACCACCGCGUCGUAGCAAGUGUAUUUGUGCGGCGCGCGUUCGACUUCCCACCGUUCCGUCGGCGGGAUGUCUCGUACGAGAUGCUGAAGCGCGGUCUGGCGACCGUCUACGAAGCGAAAGUGGGCUCGGAGUUCGGCGGCGACGACAUGGAGCAGCGGUAUCGGCGUGCGGAAUGGUGGGCCAAAGUCCGGGCCAAGGGGCUGUGGAAGGACUAUCGCAAGAUCGGGUCCGACUGGGAAAGUCCGCGGGAUUACAAGAUCCGUAUGGGCAUGGGGGAUCCCUCGUCCGAAAAUAACGGAAAAUCAAAGUCGUAA